CUACUGCUGCUGCCAGACUCGCAUCCCUGCCCGGCGGCGGCGGCGGCGGCGCAGCGGAGGCCGAGCAUGGCGCCAGCAGCAGCUGCCGGGGCGCGCGGAGGAGCGUCCAGCCGGGCAGCUCCGCUCCGUUUGCUGCUGCUGCUCGCGCUGGGCGCCUCCUGGGCGGCGCGCCCGCCGGACCGGAGCAGCCGCCAGAGACGCGGCGGCAGCCCGCGGGACGAGGCGGCCGGCCUGCGGGGUCGCGCCGCCGCCGGGGGACCUCCGGAGGGGGCCUCUCUGCUCACCACCUCCUUCGUGCUCAAAGGCGACGCGGCGCACAACCAGGCGAUGGUGCACUGGACGGGCGAAAACAGCAGCGUGAUUCUGAUCCUUACCAAGUAUUACCACAGUGAUAUGGGCAAAGUAUUGGAGAGCUCUUUGUGGAGGUCCUCGGAUUUUGGAACAUUAUAUACCAAGUUGAAUCUACAGCCUGGAAUUGCUACAGUCAUUGAAAAUUUCUACAUCUGCCCCACUAACAAAAAAAAGAUAAUUCUUGUAAGUUCUUCCCAUAAUGACCUGGACCAGAGUCUUUUUAUUAGCACAGAUGAAGGAGCAACUUUUCAAAAGCAGCCUAUUAAUUUCUUUGUGGAAACCCUGAUUUUUCAUCCAAAGCAGGAGGAUAAAGUGCUUGCCUACACCAAGGAGGGACAGCUUUAUGCAUCUCUUGACUUGGGGACAAAAUGGACACUCCUGCAGGAUCAUGUGUCAAAAGACCAUAUAUUUUGGACAGUUGAUGGAGUUGAUGAAGACCCUAAUUUGGUUCACAUGGAAGUUCGAGAUCCCAGAGGAGGCUUUCGCUACAUGGCCUGCCAAAUUCAGAACUGUUCCGAUAAAACACCGAGAGCCCUCUUCAUUGAUAGCAUUGACAAAAACUCAUUGACGGUGCAGGAUGACUACAUAUUCCUUCAGACAUCAUCAGUAAAUCAAAGAAACUAUUAUGUGUCUCACCUUCGGAAUGAAUUUGUACAGAUGAAAUUGCCAAAGUAUGCAUUACCUAAGGACUUACAAAUUAUCAGCACUGACGAGAGCCAUGUGUUUGUAGCUAUCCAGGAAUGGUAUCAGACAGAUACGUACAACCUUUACCAGUCUGACGCACAGGGCGUCUCCUAUUCCAUUGUGCUAGAGAAUGUCAGGAGCACCAAGCAGCCUGAGGAGAAUGUGCUAAUAGAUAUUCUGGAGAUUAGGGGAGUCAAAGGAGUGUUUUUGGCUAAUCAAAAAAAGGAUGGAAAAGUUACCACUCUUAUAACAUUCAACAAAGGCCGUAACUGGGACUAUCUUACACCUCCAGCUGUUGAUAUGAAUGGUAAACCAGUUGACUGCAAACCGCCUGAUUGCCACCUUCACCUCCAUCUCCGCUGGCCAGACAAUCCAUAUGUGUCAGGAAUGGUUCAUACCAAGGAUACAGCACCAGGACUCAUAAUGGGGGCAGGCAAUCUGGGUGCCCAGCUUGUUGAAUAUAAAGAAGAAAUGUAUAUAACAUCUGACUGUGGCAAAACCUGGAGACAAGUUUUUGAAGAGGAGCAUCACAUCUUGUAUCUGGAUCAUGGUGGAGUGAUUGUGGCCAUCAAAGACACCUCUAUUCCACUGAAAAUACUCAAGUUUAGUGUCGAUGAAGGCCAAACAUGGAGCACUCAUAACUUCACCAGUAUCUCCGUUUUUGUUGACGGCCUCCUCAGUGAGCCUGGAGAUGAGACUUUAGUCAUGACAAUCUUUGGACACAUUAGUUUCCGCUCAGAUUGGGAGUUGGUGAAGGUAGAUUUCCGUCCUUCUUUUCCUCGAGAAUGCACCGACGAGGACUAUGAAUCAUGGGACCUGACAAAUCUACAGGGCGACCUCUGCAUCAUGGGUCAGCGGAGAAGUUUCCGGAAGAGAAAGAGUUCCUCGUGGUGCAUUAAAGGAAGAAGCUUUACAUCAGCACUCACUUCCAUAGCUUGUGAGUGUAGCCCUUCUGAUUUCUUAUGUGAUUAUGGGUUUGAGCGUUCAGCACUGCAGAAAUUUGAGCCAAACACGUGCUUUGCUGACUUUUGGUUCAACCCUGAAACUCCUCCUGAAGACUGUGUCUUAGGGCAGGCCUACAGAAGCAGCACAGGGUAUCGCAAAGUUAUAUCCAAUAGAUGUGAGGGUGGUGUGGAUUUGCAGCAAAACAUAUCUCAGCAUCUGUGCCCUUUGACUGCUCCCAGGGGACUGCAGAUAAGCAUCAAAGGGGAGAGCCUUGCUGUUAAGCCCGGAGAAGAUGUCACCUUCAUUGUCAAACAAGAUCAGGGAGAUAUUUUAAACACCAAGUAUCAACUGAACCUUGGUGAUGGCGUUAAGGCGAUCUAUGUGAAUCUCACAUUGACAGGUGAACCCAUACAACACCGCUACGCAAACCCUGGGAUUUACCGAGUCUCAGUGAUAGCUGAGAAUGCUGCAGGUCGAGACGAAGCAGUUGUGUUUAUUCAAGUUCAUUCUCCACUGCAGGCAUUACAGCUAGAAGUAGUUCCUGUUACUGGCAAAAAUCAGAAGGUGAACCUGACAGCCAUCAUCUUUCCCAGAAAUGCUAACUUUACACUGUUUUACUGGUGGAUUGGAAACAACCUUCAGCCACUUCUGUCACUGGAAAAUUUUUUGGUAACCAGUUUUGCAGAGGUGGGGGAAGUCAGAGUUACAGUUCAGGCUUCCUGUGGGAACUCCAUGCUUCAGGAUUCCAAGAUUGUCCGGGUUUUGGAUAAUUUUCAAGUACUUCCUCUAAGGUUUUCUGAACACCUGGACUUAUACAACCCAAACAUACCUGCCUGGCGGGAAGAUGUUGGCCAUGUUGUAACACAACAGAUUGCAAAGGAAACAGGCGUACCUGAAGAAGGUCUUGUUACUGUAGUCAAACCUGGACUGCCCACAACUGCAGAUUUACAUGUGCUUCUAUCCAUGAACCACACCGAAAGCAAAAUAAGUAUGUCUAGCCAUAAGAGAAUAGCUGCUAUUAAGCAAUCUUUGAACGCCCAUAACAUCAGUUUCUUCAUGAGAGGAGGACACUGGGUCUUUGUGACCUUAGUUAGCUCUGAUUCAGAUUCUCAGAGUAUUGGAGGAGGAGGGUACUGGGCGAUCAUGGCCCUUUUUGUCAUCUCUCUGGUGGCUGUAGGUGCUAUCAUCCUCUACAAGUUUAAAAGGAAAUUACCAGGCAGAAAUGUCUAUGCACAGAUGCAAAAUGAAAAAGAACAAGAGAUGACCAACCCUGUAAACCGUAGAGAGGACACCCAAAAUAUCAUCCAGGGGGAGGAGUUUAUUGAUGAUGAUCUUGAUUGUCAAACACUAGGAAAUGCAAGAGUGGCUCCUUCUGGGAGAGGUGGAAACUUGAACAGCUACAGAGUUCCCUUAUUGCUGAUGGCAGUCAGUGUCCAGUCCCAGGCAAUCUCUCAGGCAUGGUUCUGAGCACUAAUUCCAGGGAGAAACACAGUUGCCUGAUUAGCUGAUACUCACAAAUGAACACAUAGACAAGACUCUUCUGUUGGGCCCCUCCUUCUCCCUCUGAAGAUAUAACUACUGGUGGGAUGGAGAAUUCUAAGUUGUCUUGAAGAUAGGCACAGAUGUGUAAUACUUGGAGAGAAAGAUAAUAUAAUUUGUUUCCAUGGCUGUGGACUUUUUUUACACCUCAAACUAAGAUAUAGUUUUACACCUCAAACUAAGAUCUGUAGCCCUAGGCACACUUGCGACCACCUUUUCUGUCUCCCACGUCUCUAGUUCUCAAUGUUCAUUUAAUUGAAUGCAUACAGCAUUUAGCUCACUGUGGCAGUAUCAGGUACGAGGCUGCAAUUCUUGAGCCAUGAAGACUGGUUUUAACAGCUGUUGGCUAGUUGAAGCAGAAAUCUGGUGGAAUAGUUUCCUUUUACAAGGAAGUGACUCCUGGGUCUGAUGUGGCACAACCGAAGAAUUCAGAGAGAUACUGUCAAGAGACACGUUGAUGACUCACUAGCCUCCCUCUUCAGGCCCCCUGCAAGUCCUUCAGGCUGCAGCAGCUGUUUGAAAACAUGUAUAAGGUGAUGCUGAAGUGGGAAGUCUCACAGCUUCUUGUAAAUCACCACUAAGAAACUCUCUGCUUUGUUUUGUUCCCAGACCAGGUUUCCUCCUUUUCAGACACCACCCGCCCUUCCGUAAGUGGGUACCACUAGACUGACUGGUAGUUUGCAACCUACAUAAUUAUAUAGUAUACAGCUUGGGCUGCCUUACCGUCUUUUGGUCCCCGUAACAGCAAGUGUAAUUACUUUUUUUAUUUCUGUAACCCUUUUUUGUAUCUUUUUAAACUUUCUAUUUUUAUAGCUAUACAAGCAUUCCUGUCUCAGGAUAGUACUGUCAAAGCAGCAUACUUGGAACUUGCUAUUUUAGUCUUUUUUCCUUUUUCUACUGUGGGGCGGAACAAACUGGAAAAAAAACAACACUGCCUUGGAUGUGUCUGACAAUCUGGUGAAUUAAAUGUGAGAAUUAAUUCCAUUGAAAUGAUUGCACUUUCUCAAUCUUACCCCUAGGGGUCAUGCUUCAUUCCUGAGACCGGCGUUGAGCUAGACCUUAUUUCUGUACGCAGGACAAUUGUCUCCUGUGAUGGUUACUGUUGUUUUGAAGGUGCGCAAGUUCAAUGCUGUGUUUGCUUAUUCUACCCCAAGUAGCUUCAUGGAGCAGGAACUGCAAGGUUGCAGCCAAACCUGCAUCUAAUUGUAUUUGCUCUGAGAGUCUUGUGUAGGAAAUGGACCACAACACUGCUUGGAACUAGUCACUAAGCAUCUUUCUAAUUGUCUCACUUUUUACAAUGAUCUAGCAGAGUUACCUUAGGUUUGCUGAAUAGCAGUGGAUAACCAAGCAUAAAUAAGAAUAAGUUAUGUUACACUUACUAGUAUUGUAUGUAUUAGAUUAUUAUGUCUCCAAGGUGCCAAUGUUUCUUUUUGCUGAAAGCACAUUCCAUUUUGUCAUGCUAUAUUUUGUCUUCUUGUGAGCACUAAAGCAAAUCCCGCAGAACUGUUAAGCACAAUGCGUUCAGGAAUGGAUGAUAACAUUGCUGUGAAUGAAUUGUGUCUCGUUUGCCACUUGCUCAGGAUCUUAUUCUGUCUUUGUUUAUGCCGCAAGACCUACUAAUGCCCUGAACAUUUGCAUCUGAAGGAGCCAUGUAUUAUUAGAUUAUUAGAAGAACUGAAUUAGAAUUCAGUCUAUUAGAAUUAGGAGGAUUAUUAGUGGUUAGCAGCUGUUGAGAAAACAUGGGCAUGAGGAGUCCCAAGGACUUUAUUUUACUGUUCAUAGCACUGCUGGCACUGUAAACAGCAAAACUUCUCCAGAUAGGAUAUAUGAUAGAAUUCUUGUCCACCAGGCUGGACAACAAUUUUCAGAAAUCUUAGAAACCCUUUGAGGAAGGCAAAUCACCACAGGUUUAUGGGGGUCUAUGCUUCACAUGUGUGAAAAAUUUUUCACAGCAUUUACUGGUACAUGACAAUUGGUAUCAAAAUGCCAACUCUUAUUUCAAGGAUAAUCAGGAUUUACCCUUUCUGGAAAAAUCCAAUAAAUUAUAUAUUAAAAAACAUGUUUGCAAUAUUAAGCCCCCAUUUAGAAGAACACAAGAAGAACCCAUACCCGCCGCAGAUCAAUAACAGAUUACUAAAAAUGGGGGGGGGAUUGGUCUGUUUCAUGACUCCAGCAAAAUUAAAUCUCAUGGCAUUCAAUAGUUUCUUGGAACACUUUCUGGAGAAGUGGAUUAUUAGAAGAACUGUAUUUAAAGUGCUAAUAAGUCAGUUGCUAACUCUUAAUUCUAGAUUUUUAGUAUUGCCUCAUGAAAAAUAUUGCUUCUCGUCCUUGAAAUGGAAAACCCCCGCCUUGAAUCUACACACAGGAAAUUCCAGUUCUGCUCCUCCCCCAAUCAGAAUAGAAGAAGCUAAAUGGUGUGUUUGAGAUGUUUUGGUUGUUGUGCUUUUGAUUUGUUACUUGAGCACUAUUUAACAUUAGCAUGCAUUUUCUGAAAACUCACACUUGUUUUCUGUGCCUGCCUUAAUGUUUUUAUAAGGUGCACUGUUCAUGCUGGGUAUGAGUUACAGUCCAUUAUUCCAACCUAUAGUUCCGUGGGCAUUGUUGCAGACAUGGAACUCCUGCUUCUUAUAUUCUUUAGUGAAGAGAGAAGCCUUGCACAUACAAAAGAACAUGUGCAAAUAUGCAAUCCCCUUUACUGAAGUGACUGAGCUUUCAUUUCCAUCACCACCUAUAUGUUCUUGCAUGUGUGGAAAAAACCUUGGCUGAUAAAGUGCAAUGCAGAGUUAACAUUUUCCUAACUUUGCUGUAAGUGCUCCUCCUUCCAAAUAUGGAGGGAGGCUUUUUUCAGGGGGGGGG